AGUGAGACUCGCACAAGUUACAUGUUUACUCCAAUGGAGGUAAAGGCCGAGGAAGAGGAAAUGGAGUCUAAGACACCACCUCUUGUCUCUGAGGCUGGGCCAUCGAGGAGUCCACCACAACCUAUACGUACACAAGCUAGCACUCCAAGCUUCAAACGUUGA